CCCUCAUCCCUCACUCAUCCCAUCCGGGUCAUCCCAAUCCCAAUCCAAUCCAAUCCUGAACUCAUACCUAUGGAUACAAUCUGAGUCCACCAUGACCAGCCAGCUCCUGUCCGCUUUCCCCCAGAUUGCCGCCAGUGUGCAGUUGCAGGUGCAGGUGCCCUUGUGGCCAAGUGCAGCGCGCGCGAGCAAGCUGCAAGCACAGACGGAACCAAGGACGGCCCAGAUGCAAGCCCCCCCUUCACAAGUUCACGGGCUCAAGCCGCUCAAGUGUGUUCAGGGCCGUACGGUGGUCCCACCUCUGCGCCGGUGCUUUUUUAUUUUGUUUUACAUAUCCAUGAACACCUUUUAAUAGCCAUUUCACUGCACCGUAAUAGCACAUUAGCACAUCGACCUACCUUAGCAUUAAGUUAGUUGGAAUAUUGACUUGGUGAGCUGCCUAGGUAAUGACGCCUCGCGGAGCUUGGUGUGUCAGGGACGCGAGCCGUAGGGUCCCAUCAGCCAACGGGGAGAGGAAACGUAUUCCUGCGUCUCCUCUCGAGGUCGAGGCCAAUGGAAGUCCAAGGUUAAGGUACCUACCCAACGUUGUACCAUCAUCCAUGACAGAUAUCCAGCGCAUUGUAAUCAGCCGCCUCGUGCCGAGGAC